AUGGAGAGCAUUGCUCAGAAAUGGAGAGCUUUGAGUGGCGAUGAGAACUGGGAAGGGUUACUGGAUCCUUUGGAUUCUCAUCUUCGCCACUACCUCAUUCACUAUGGUUCAAUGAUUGGAGCAGUAUACGACUCCUUCAUCAGUGAACCAACUUCUAAGUAUGCCGGGCUAAGCCGCUACGCCAGCAAAAACCUCCUUGAAGCGACUGGGCUUGAGAAAGCAAAUCCUUUCAAGUACGAUAUCACCAAGUACUUUUAUACUCCUUCAAGUAUGAUCGGCGGAGGACAAGGAGGAUAUCUUGUCCAAUCAGUACGAGAAGACGCAGUGAUGAAAGGGUCAAAUUGGGGUGGAUAUGUUGCUGUAGCCACUGACAAGGGGAAGGAGGUUUUGGGACGGAGAGACAUUCUGGUCGUUUGGAGGGGAACAGAAACCACGGCGGAGUGGAUUGAGGAUUUCAGAAUCCACAUGGUCAAACCUCAGAUCAUCUUUCCCCAGGAUAAUGGUUCCCUCGUCCAUAGAGGUUGGUACAAAAUGUAUACCUCUACCAAUAAAGAUUCAGAGCUCAACAGUAAGAGUGCCAGGGACCAGGUUCGAGAAGAAGUUUUCAGGCUACUUGAUCUGUACAAGAACGAGGAAGUGAGCAUAACUGUGACAGGACACAGCCUGGGCGCAUCACUGGCAACACUAAAUGCAGUUGACCUAGCUGCCAAUCCACUCAAUAACACUAACACCGAUGUUCUCGUCACAGCAUUCUUGUUCGCAAGCCCCAAAGUGGGAAACGAGAGUUUCAAGAAGGCUUUUUCCCAGCUGAAAAACCUCCGAGCUCUGCGUGUCGUCAACUAUGGGGAUCUUGUGCCAAAUGUGCCAUACUUGGCUGUUGAAGCCGGCACUGUUUUUCCCCUCAUACGCUACCAUGACGUGGGAGUCAAAUUUGAUAUAAACGCUUCAAAAUCAGACUAUUUACAGCCGCCUAAAAUGAAGAAGAUCUUAACGUGGCAUGGUCUGAUGAUUUACCUGCAUGGAAUCGAUGGGUUUCAAGGGCCAAAUGGAGGAUUUGAACCGCAAGGAUUUUUUGAUAUCGCUCUAGUCAACAAGUAUGGAAACAUGCUGAAAGUUGAGAAAUGCCAGGUUCCAACCAAAUGGUGGGCUGAAAAAAACAAAGGAAUGGUUCAGAAAGAUGAUGGUAAGUGGAUUCUUGAUGAUCACGACGACGCAGAGGAUGUUGUGUGUGCAUAA